AUGCCACUCGAAGCAAAGCGAUGGGCUUUCGGGAGCCCCAGAGAUAGAGCAUCACCUAUCCCCUUUUUUUUUCGGAGAUUUUUAGCUCCUCUAGCUGAAUUGGUCCGUUCGGGAAGAAUGCUUUCUAGAACAAGAACUCAUGCACCGGGAAUUCCUUUUAAGAGCUUCAUCUUUGAUCCGGGAAGAAUGCUUUUGAGAAAUUCUCGCUUUUGUUUAAAGAAGAUAUUUAGUCCAAGUGCGAGUAGAGCAAUGAUAGCUAAGAUU